CGCUGCAAGCGUAGCUGUCACUCGACGACCGACAGCCGAGCGGAGGUGUCGCAGUGGCUGGUUCUCGUGCAGGGUGGCUUGGUAGCACAGUGCGUGUGUGUGUGUGUGUGGGUGCGCGCGCGUACACGCUUAACCGCGAACGAAUGCAGUAUAAUGUCCGCGUACGUGUCCGUUAAAAGUUUCCAGGAUCACCGAAUAACCAGUGCACCGACAUAGUGAUCGUUAAUCGUAGUCGCGAGUGUUUUCGUGACUUAAGUCGAUUUCUGUCAAGUGUAGGCGUCCGCCAUCAACUGUCAUCGUCGUGUUUCGAUCAGUUCAGCACGUUUGUCAGAAAAUAUAGGAAGUAGUUCGACCUAGGUUUCGAAGAGAAACGAGGAGGAAAAAGAAAUAGUGAAUCACCAGCACCGCCGCCGUCGUGAUCCGACGCUGAAUUAAAAACAGAAGGAAAAUGUCGUCGGUAAAGGUGGCGGUGAGGGUACGGCCCUUCAACAAUCGAGAGAUCUCCCGCGAGGCACAAUGCAUCAUCGAAAUGACCGGCAGCACCACUUCGAUAUUGAAUCCGAAAGCACCACCGGGCACCAAAGAUGCAAUCAAAAGCUUCAACUACGAUUAUUCCUAUUUUUCCAUGGACCCAAACGACAUAAAUUAUUCUUCACAACUGAUGGUCUACAAGGAUAUCGGCGAAGAGAUGUUAGAACACGCCUUCGAAGGUUACAACGUGUGCAUAUUCGCGUACGGGCAAACAGGCGCCGGCAAGUCUUACACAAUGAUGGGCAAGCAAGAAGAAGGUCAAGAGGGGAUAAUCCCUCAAAUUUGCAAGGACCUCUUUAGAAAAAUCAGUCGCAAUUCAAACGAGUGCCUGAAAUAUUCGGUUGAAGUUAGUUACAUGGAGAUCUACUGUGAAAGGGUGCGAGAUCUCUUGAAUCCCAAGAAUAAAGGAAACCUCCGAGUACGAGAGCAUCCUCUCCUCGGACCGUACGUCGAAGAUUUGUCAAAAUUAGCGGUGAUGUCUUACCAGGACAUCCACGACCUCAUCGACGAAGGCAACAAAGCGAGAACGGUUGCCGCCACAAACAUGAACGAGACGUCAAGUAGAUCUCACGCGGUGUUUACGAUAUUUUUCACACAACAGAAACAAGACUCAGCUACCGGAUUAGUGACGGAAAAAGUCAGCAAAAUUUCGCUUGUUGAUUUGGCAGGCUCUGAAAGGGCUGACUCUACCGGUGCGAAAGGUACCAGGUUAAAGGAGGGUGCUAACAUCAAUAAAAGCUUGACUACCCUUGGAAAGGUCAUCAGUGCCCUGGCUGAAAUCGCGGCUACCAAAAAGAAGAAGAAGGCUGACUUCAUCCCGUACAGAGACUCCGUUCUAACAUGGCUUCUGCGAGAGAACCUAGGAGGAAACUCUAAAACAGCAAUGAUCGCGGCAGUGAGUCCCGCAGACAUCAAUUACGACGAAACCCUCUCUACUCUACGAUACGCCGACAGAGCGAAGCAAAUUGUUUGCAAGGCUGUCGUCAACGAGGACGCGAACGCGAAGCUUAUUCGGGAGCUCAAAGAAGAGAUUCAGAAACUGCGGGAGCUACUCAAACAAGAGGGUAUUGAUGUUCAAGAAGGAGACGAAAUCGUCAGAGCAACCAAACGCGAGGACGAUGUGAAGGAAACUCGAGCCAGGAUCCCGUCUCAUACAACGUCCACCAUUGCUGAAGAAGCGGUGGAUCAGUUGCAAGCUUCAGAGAAACUGAUAGCCGAACUCAAUGAAACCUGGGAAGAGAAGCUGAAGCGAACCGAGGUGAUUCGCCUCCAACGCGAGGCAGUGUUCGCCGAGAUGGGUGUCGCCGUAAAAGAGGACGGCGUGACAGUCGGUGUCUUCUCCCCGAAAAAGACUCCUCACUUGGUGAACCUGAACGAAGAUCCCCUCAUGUCUGAAUGUCUGAUCUACUACAUCAAAGAUGGCUUCACACGCAUCGGUAGCGCUGAAGCAAACAUUCCUCAAGACAUUCAGCUCUGUGGUCCACAUAUACUGAGCGAACACUGCGUCUUCGAGAACCACGAAGGAAUUAUCACGUUGAUGCCGAAGAAGGGUGCUUUGAUCUACGUGAACGGACGCGAAGUCACUGAACCCGUAGUUCUGAAGACUGGCUCGCGCGUGAUUUUAGGGAAGAAUCAUGUAUUCAGAUUCAAUCAUCCUGAUCAAGUCCGAGAACGGAGAGAAAAAGGAUCUCCCGCGGAGACUCCCGGAAACGGAGAGACAGUCGACUGGAAUUUCGCACAGAUCGAGUUGCUGGAGAAACAGGGAAUCGAUCUGAAGGCUGAAAUGGAGAAGCGGUUGUUGGUUCUUGAAGAACAGUUCCGUAAAGAGAAGGAAGAGGCGGAUCAGCUGUUCGAAGAACAGAGAAAGAGCUAUGAAGCUCGAAUAGACGCCCUGCAGAGACAAGUUGAAGAACAAAGCAUGACAAUGUCGAUGUACAGCAGUUACACCCCUGAAGACUUCAACAACAUCGAGGAGGACAUCUUUGUCAACCCAUUGUUUGACGCAGAGAGCAACUGGACCGAGAGAGAGUUCCAGCUGGCCGCUUGGGCCUUCCGCAAAUGGAAAUAUCAUCAAUUCACAAGUCUUCGGGAUGAUCUCUGGGGCAACGCUAUAUUCCUCAAAGAAGCUAAUGCUAUUUCUGUCGAACUCAAAAAGAAGGUGCAAUUCCAAUUCACUUUGCUCACGGACACACUUUAUUCACCGCUUCCUCCGGAUCUCUUGCCGACUGUAGAUGAAGACGAAGAAGAAGAACGACCGUUCCCGCGCACGAUAGUCGCCGUCGAAGUCCAAGACACGAAGAACGGCGCCACACAUUAUUGGACCCUCGAUAAAUUAAGACAGCGCUUGGAGCUGAUGCGCCACGUGUACAACGAGGACUCGAGCCCCAGCACUCCGGAGGCCAAAGAGGAUAUUUUCCAAUGUCUAACGGCCUACUCUAAUCCGAAGUUCUCGCUCGCAAAUCUUUUGCCUUCGAGACAAAGACUUGAACUGAUGCGAGAAAUGUAUCAUAACGAAGCUGAACUGUCUCCUACCUCUCCGGAUUUCAAUAUCGAAUCCAUUACUGGAGGUGAUCCAUUCUACGACCGUUUCCCAUGGUUCCGAAUGGUUGGCAGGUCUUUCGUGUAUCUCAGCAAUCUCAUGUACCCAGUACCAUUGAUCCACAAAGUAGCGAUAGUCAACGAAAAAGGAGACGUGAAAGGUUAUUUGCGUGUAGCGGUACAAGCCGUGGUUGAAGAGGAAAACAGCGAAUACUCAAGUGGCGUCAGACAGUCCGCUAGAAUCUCCUUCGAGGACGACCUCUUUGGCAACCAGAAGCAGAACAAACGUAACACAUUAUUGACCCAAACUCUCGAGAAGAAUCGACAAAUCCUCCUGCACGAAGAACGCGUCGUAGAAGGCCACAACGAGCAGAAGGACACAAAGGAAGAAGACGAUAUUGGCGAUGCUGACAGUGGCAGAGGCGAUAGUUCGGUUUCCAGCGACAUGAAGGAGGAGGAUCUACCGGAUCAUUUGUUACUCGGCUCUGAAUUCACGUUUAGGGUAACUGUACUGCAAGCGAUGGGUAUCUCCACCGAAUACGCCGACAUCUUCUGUCAAUUCAAUUUCUUGCAUCGACACGAUGAAGCAUUUUCAACGGAACCGGUGAAAAACACAGGAAAAGGAAACCCACCUGGAUUUUAUCAUGUGCAAAAUAUCACCGUCACGGUAACAAAAUCAUUCCUGGAAUACCUCAAAACUCAACCCAUCGUGUUCGAGGUAUUCGGCCACUACCAGCAGCAUCCUCUACACAAGGACGCCAAACUGGAAUACAGCGUACGACAACCACCGAAGAGGAUGCUUCCUCCAUCGAUACCGAUCAGCCAACCCGUACGUUCCCCGAAAUUCGGAAGCGUUCUGCCAUCGCCUAGCACGUCCCACGUGCACGCCAAGUACGACGUGUUAGUAUGGUUCGAAAUUUGCGAGUUAGCACCGAACGGCGAGUACGUGCCAUCUGUGGUGGACCACAGCGACGAUCUGCCGUGCCGUGGACUCUUCCUGUUGCACCAGGGUAUUCAGCGUCGCAUCCGAAUCACUAUCGUUCAUGAGCCAGCGUCCGAAUUACGAUGGAAGGAUGUGAGGGAGUUGGUCGUAGGGCGUAUCAGGAACACACCGGAACCAGAGGAAGAGGACAACGACUCGUCGGUGCUCUCCUUGGGUCUGUUCCCUGGAGAAUACUUGGAGGUGCCCGGAGACGAUAGGUGCAUGUUCAGAUUCGAGGCUGCGUGGGACAGCUCUCUUCACAACUCGGCCUUACUUAACAGAGUGACAGCGUAUGGAGAACAAAUAUUCAUGACCAUCUCUGCGUAUCUUGAACUGGAGAAUUGUGGACGACCAGCAAUCAUUACCAAAGAUCUAAGCAUGAUCAUUUAUGGCAGGGACGCUAGAGUAGGACCACGUUCCCUGAAACAUCUCUUCAGCGGAAGCUACCGCAAUCAAGAAGCUAAUAGACUCAGCGGCGUUUACGAGCUGGUGCUGCGUCGUUCUUCGGAAGCAGGUAGCCCAGGUGUUCAAAGGCGACAGCGCCGUGUGUUGGAUACAAGCUCCACGUACGUGAGAGGGGAAGAGAAUCUUCAUGGAUGGAGACCUCGAGGAGAUAGCUUGAUAUUUGAUCACCAGUGGGAACUGGAGAAGCUGACGAGAUUAGAGGAAGUAGAGAGAGUGAGACACACGUUAUUGUUGCGAGAGAAGCUUGGCAUAGACAAGGUUUCGUUCUGCAAUAAAAUAUCACACGAUUUCACCAAGAGCGAAAAGGAAGUUUGCAAUAUGAUGGCAAAAGCAACAAACGAACCGCAUGCCAGCCCAGUCAAACUAAAGCGUUCAACGAGUAAAGACGUGUAUGAGCCAUGGGAGAUGACUGAGAGGGAAAGAGAAUUAGCCACGAAAUAUAUUAAGCUAAUUCAAGGUCGAAUUCCGAAUAAAGAACCUAUACUACUUUCUGACGUUUCACCGGGAGAAGACACUAUGGCUGACAUGUCGACAUCCAUGAUGUCUUCGGUGAUAUCGUCCUCGUCCCAAGAGUCAGUAUACGAGAGAGCUAGUGAUUACUUAGAGCAGGCUGCUGGUAUAAUAGUAUGGAGCAGGUCUAAGUCGUGCAUCCUUAGGUUGAGUUCACCGGAGAGGGCUAGACUGCAGGAACUGCAGGAGAGCAUAUUAGCAAGCGAAUCUGCCAACCAAACGUGUACCGUAGCGCCCGCUCCGUUAGGUUCAUCUUCCCCAUCCAAAGAGAAUCUGGUGCUCUACGUGCCGGAAGUCGAAGAAAUUCGCAUUAGUCCGGUUAUCGCUAGAAAAGGUUAUCUAAAUGUUCUCGAACACAAGACCAACGGUUGGAAGAAACGCUGGGUUGCUGUACGACGACCCUACGUUUUAAUCUUCCGAGAAGAAAAAGAUCCAGUUGAGAGGGCUCUUAUCAAUUUAGCUACUGCUCAAGUUGAAUACUCUGAAGAUCAAUUAGCUAUGGUGAAAGUACCAAAUACUUUCAGUGUUGUUACAAAACACCGAGGGUAUUUGCUGCAAACUUUAGGGGAUAAAGAGGUUUACGACUGGUUAUAUGCAAUUAAUCCUUUACUCGCUGGUCAAAUCAGGUCAAAAUUAGCGCGCAAAGGACCCACAGCUACGAACCUGAUUAACGCAUCGCCAGUUGGUCUAGCUCCACCGAUAGAUCAACAGUCGAACCAAAAUAAGUGAGUGGUCGACUCGUUGGCCGAGGUAACAAGCGUCAUUACGAAAGCCUCCGAGAAAAUGCUAUGCUGGUCGCACUCGGCCUUCAAGUCCCAUGAUCUUUAUAGCUUUCGAUUUUCGGUAGUCUUCGAUUAUUAAACGGCUCGGGAAAGCGUAUUAUUGAUCGGUUACUAGCUUCAAUGGCCGCCGAUUAAUAUGUCGCCACGUCUAAUUUAAUGACCAUCAACCCUUUUAUGCCUGACGACCGAACAGAGAAACGCUAACAAUACGAAGCGUUCGUAUUUCGAAACGAGUCGACAAAAAAAUUGAACGCAUUUAUAAAACUAAUUACUUUCCGUAAUCGCGAACUCCGAUGACAGAGUCUCUCCGUUCGUUUCGUAGCCUGAAACGUGUUCAAACGUUGACGAGACUAAUGGAGCCCGCGAUUCUCACUCUUACAAUAUGUAUAUUCAAAUUUCUCGAUAUUAGUCGGUCGUGCGAAGCGUGGAACGCGUAAGGCGAAAAGGAACGUAUUUAUGCCUAAAUAAAACAUUCCUAAGACGAUCAUAGAGGACUACGGCAAGAGAUACACAUUGUUAGGUAUAAUUACAUAAAAAAGAGAAGAUGAUGGCGCGCGAGGAAGUAAGAAAGAGAGGGAGAGAACGGAAAGGGAGGGAGCAGUAGCGAGAUUAUGAAUUUCUGUGUGUUCAUGCCUGGAAAAUUCUAUACCCAAUCUGUGGGUAUGGAUUGCGGAUUAUUUCGAACGAAUUGUAAACACGGUAAUCGUUGAAUAAUUGUUAGCGAUUUGUUUGAUAAUCCUUUAGUCCUUUGUUUCGUGUUGCGUAACGUUAUACGCCUCGAAGAACGAAUACUUGACUAAGUAGGAUUAUUGAAGCCACAGUUGGUUUCGUGACUCGAAUUUCUAUUCUUACUGUAGAUCAGUAUUCGAACAAGGAAACGGGUUUCGGUUUCAAGGGAAUAUUUUUACAACUUAGGAAUAGAUUACAGUAUUAUUUAUUAUAAGUUUCUAGGACAGGGUUUUCUAAAAUCUUGUGGGCCGCAAUUAUUAAUUGGGACUUUUGUGUUACUUUUUAGAAUUCUACAUUUUUUAAAUUCAAAAGUGCUGAGAGAAACUUGGGAAUUUGAAAUUUAAGAAUUUAGAAUUUUGAAAAUCUUUUAAUAUUAGAAUUUGAAAAUUUGUGAAUUUAGGUGUUUGGAGAUUUUAUCUCAAAAGAAAUAUGAAAACUUUUUACAUUUUAAUAUUUAACACUUCCUCAAUGGGUCCACAUUUUGGGAAUCUUUAUUCUAGAAUGUUUCUUAAUGCAAACAUGUAUCUUAUUGUUAGUUUGGUUAAUUUGAAGUGUCCAUUUUUUAAAUUAACUUAUUUCAACAUAUACCAAAGAUUCGAGAGAAACGAUUACCAGGUAUCUACCGGAUACCAGAGUAGAUAAACUUGCAAGUUUCGAGGCGGUUUAUUUUCUCGGUCAUUUUAUAUGCGGUGGCCUACAAUAUGUAUGCCCCGCUCCUGUUACCGUUUUUGCUUACUAACUGUUGUAGAAUAUGAUAGUUUUAUUUUGUUAAUGACACGUAUCGGGAAAGAACGAGACCGUAAUAAUCUGAUAAGUUGUACGCACUCGGCGUUUAACCCUUUGAAGCAAAUAUUCAGACAAAACAAUUGGACGAGAAAUUAGUAAUUUCUUUACUACUUUUAAUAUAUAAUAUUUAUCUUGUAGUAUUUAUUGUAGUUAGUUAAAUUUUGUAUAUUAUUAAUUUUGUCUUAUGUUAUGUACUUGUAACCAUAGUAUCCAGAUUCGUGAUUGUACCCCAUCGUUCAGGCUACCACGGCUAUAUCGUGAUUAUUCAUAAUUGUAAAUUGGAAUUGUCAUUGCAUUUACUUAACAUUGCCAAGUGCAUAUUGUAUUUAAUGACCGCAAGUUUUCGCGUGGAUAGUUGCUAUACGAUUCAAAGUACAACUAUUAUUUACCAUUGUAUUACAGGGGUAAUUUAAUUUUAUAUUUUAUUCAUAUUGUUACUUAAAUUCUCUUAUUGAAAUAAAUAGUAAUUGGUGUUGCAGAAUAAUGAGAAACAGUAUAUAAUACUAUUAUGAGAAUAUUAAUUAUUUUGUUAAGAUUUGUUUCACCAUGAGAAAUAAUUUAUAAUUACAUUUAAUUCAUUGAUUUUGUGUAAGGGAAUAGAAAUCUGAUUAUCAGAUUCAUGAUCUCUUUGGAAUAAAAAAGAGUGCAAUAUGGGUUGAUAUUUAAAUAGAUUUCUCAUCCUUUGAUCUAUGAAACUAUGCAAUAUUAUUUAGCCUUAAUUAUUUAUUUAUCAAGAAAUAACUCAGCUAUAGUAUUGCUAGAUUGUUAUUCGUGUUUAAUAAUGUACCAAAAAGACUCCAAAUCCUAUUGAAACAUAGGGGUGGAAAAAUCCAUGUAAGAUAAAUAUAAGAGGUUAAUAUAAGAAUUAUAAUAUUCAUAACUACCGACAAAAGGCACAUUAAACAUGUGAACUGAACGAUAUAAGAGGUAUACUCUCUGUGCAUUGAUAUUUUCUAAGAUGUUUAUUGUAUAUCUAUAAAAUAAUUGUACUUUAACAAAUAUAGAAUUAAACUGAAGACUUACGAGAUGCGCUUUUACACGAUAAAACAAAAAUAAUCUAUGCAUAAUCAAAUUGUUCAUUUUUUUUAAUGCAUAAGAAAGAAACUUAAAAAAAUAAUACAAGCGCAUAAUACAUUUAUCGAACUUACAAUAGUAUUUACAUUUUCCAUCGUAUUAGUUAUUAUUUAGUUCUUGUACUAAUAAUGAACAGAGUAAGCAACACGAAGCAAAAAGAAACGUUGCUUCAGGGGGUUAAAGUCUUAAUUUAUUAUUAUAGAAAAGGACGAAGAAAUUGGAAAGUAAGGGGGAGUAAAGUUAAGGAGACACGAAAGUGAAUGGAAACAAAGAAAAAUGAUACGAGCGUUGCAGAUGAAAAAAAAAUGCAAAGCGUCAUUGGUAAGAUUAAUAAUCAUUGUUGUUAUUAGGAGUCAAAAUACAGAAUUAAAGAGAGAUAAAGGAGGAAGUAAAAGGGAGAGAAUGAAUUAGUGCUUGUGCACUGUGAGAGAGUGAGUGCGAAAGGGACAGUGCGAAAGGCAUGUUUGCUUAUAUAUAUAUCUUAUACAGAUAAAGUAUAUUAUAUAAAUAUAUAAAUAAAUUUAAUAUUAACGUAACAAUUUUGUCAAGUGUCGAAGAUCAUUCGAAGGCGUACGAAGAAUGGCUAACGAUGAUUUAAUCUGUACCAAGUAUGUAAGUUCAUGUACUUGUUUGUAAGGUAACUAAAAAUCUAUUGCAAAAACAUUUUCGUUUUUGAUCGUUUGCUAUGAGAAACAUGCAUCGAUGCUGUAACUUGUAUUAAUUAUUAUUAUUAUAAUUAUUCGAUUUUUCGCUAGACUCACUGUAAGUGGUAACGUGUAAUAAAUCGGUCAAUAAAAAGCUUACAUGCUUAA